AUGGGUACUUCUGAAGAUACUGUUUAUUACUCUCUCUAUUUUCCUUUUUCAUCUUCAAUACAAUCUUUAGACCAGACAUCAUUUCUUCAAGAAAAAAGUGCUCUGAUUUUAUCUGAAUUACACCAAUUUCUUAAUGGGUAUAUUUGGCACAAAGAUAAAUUUCAUUUAAGAAUUGUACAAAAUGAAUCAGAUUCAAGUUUUUCUUUCUUAUAUGGUAAAACAAGAUUUGGUGACUGUAUCGAUGAUGAAUGGUUCAUCGUUUUUUUGUUGAAACAUAUAUCGAUGAAAUUUCAAGAUGUUGUUGUGAGCGUCUCCGAUAAUGAUGGUGAAUUUUUGUUAAUCGAAGCUGCUAUGCAACUACCUUCAUGGUUGAAUCCCAGUAAUAGUGAAAAUAGGGUUUUUAUAUAUCAAGAUCAAUUACAUAUAAUCCCUUUGCCAAAAACACCUACUGAAAUUGCUAAUAUUCCAACUGGAAAAUUAUCUGUUGAUAAGGCGAUUCAGUUGGUACGCAAUGACGCUGUUGAUACUAAGGCUGAUAAUAAGGUGCAACAAACCGUAUUUUCAAAGACUUUAGAGUGA